CGGCUUGGAAGGAACGUCAGAUAGGUAACGAGCCAUCGAUGGAAAGCGAGACCGCAGCCGGGGCACCAAGGGAACAUAUCAAUGACCAACAAGAGGACUGACUGGAGCCAAGCUGAACACAGAAGAAGCAUGAUGGCUGUACACUCACUAUACCGACCCGAUAACCGGCGGUCCCCUUGGAUUCAAUUCGGAUGGAUUGGAAAGAACAUCAUACACUACAUGUAUGGGAUUUAUCCAAGUUGUCCCUCCUCCCACUUUUCCCACUUUUUGUUUCCCAAACUGAUCUGAACCUCACUUCAACUAAACAGCAGGACAUCACUCGAUAUAUGACGAUAUCGUCACCCCUAUUUCUCCUCACGCUAAACUUACAUCAACAUCAACAACAUCAAAAACCCCACUUCUAACUAUCUACUGUGUACAACCACCUACACCUUUUCACUAUCUGUACUCGACAUCGCGCUAGACAUUAUAACAUCCCGUGUCCCUGUCUUUGUUCAUACCUAAGACUUGAUCUGGGAGUUGAUAGGCAGGAUUUCCAUAACCGCUUUCCCCCCGAACUCACGGACUCGUCGGAGGACCUAGAUUGGUCACAUCAUCCCCCGUUUACCACACCCUGUUCCCACUUCCUCCGCACCGCCUUUUCCGACGAACAACAACAACAACACCCAUAACAUACAACGUUUCGCAUCAAUCUGUUGCGCCAUCACGGAUCGACCCGGGAUCAAGAAUUACUGGUUGACUCUCUACAAACACUAAUAAUAUCCUUGCGGUAACUCACCUCACAUUCAAACAAGUCCCAUCUGGCGAUCGCUCGACCCCUCCCGCUUCCAACCAACAACCACAACGUUUGCGGAGCUGGGCCUGCCACUUGUUCAUCGCCUUUGUUGCAACUCUCACCGUCUCCGAUUUAUUCGUCGCACCACUUUGCGAAUACCUAUCAUCUUUAUCACUACCCCAACGGCCAAACGCCUCCCGGCUUUUACCACUGCCUAAUUGUCACAUCACCUUCACGAGUCGCAUGCCAUCGCAACCAUCGGCAAAAUGAAGUUUCUAUCUCUUCCUGCGAUAGAUGUUGUGACGAGCGCCCUGAACUUCGACACACCAGACUGUCACAUCACCGGCAGCUGCGAUCUAUACACCACCAAGGCUGCGGGUUCCGACAAGCGCCUCUACAAGAACAUCCAACAGUCCCUCCAAACUCAGCAUGACAACCUCAUCAAGUUUGGCAAGUCCCUGUCACCACCACAGCGCGAUUCAAUCGCCGACACCGUCAACUUUGAGCGGUCUUCACCAUUCGGCUCGCUCAACGAAAAGGCCAACCGAAACACAUACGCAUACCUAAUAGCCACUCUUAAUGCGUCGCAUCCCGACUACGACUUCUCCAAUGUCCUGCGACCCGACGACUUUAAGCGCGAGAAAGAGUUGCGCCGCGUCAUGGCCCACAUAGAUAGCACUCUGCAAAGCGUGCGGCCCAAUUCAUCUUUCCUAGACGUCACAAUCCCUGGCAUGGGCACCUCGCCCGCCGCCGCCUCGAGUUUCGGCUCCUCAGGCCUCGCCAUGUCACCCGUCUGGGGCCCUGGCAUGUGGGCAUCCAUCGAUAAAGAGAUGGAUCUCAAGGACUGCUCCAUCUUCUCGUACCAACCGGCCGACGCCCCAUUUGACGAGGAAGAAGGCGCCAUUUGGGCCCUCCACUACUUCUUCUUCAACAAGACUCUCAAGCGCGUCUGCUACCUUUACGUGCGCGGGAUGCCGGUCAUGUCCCAUAGUCCGAGAAUACCGGGUCACCACGCCAUCAUCUCGGCCAAAGGCGGGCUUGUGCGGCCGCGCAGGGCCCUUUACGGGAUCGACGAGGAGCUCGACGACGCCGGAGCCAACAAGCGCGCAAGGUACUGGCUCGGAGACCAGUUUGCCGAGCGCGUCAUGGCGGAUGACGACGACAUGGAGGCCGAUGAUGGUCUAAUAUGGAAUCGCGAUGCUGACGGUGACGUCAACUGCAACUAUCACGAUGACGAUUAUGAUGACUAUGAUAUUGAGAGCCUGGGGGAUUAUGACGAGGACGAAGACCUCGAAGACGCGGAAGAAGAUGACCAUGACAACAAGAACACUAAUGGUGGUCGGAGUCAAGCUUCGGCCGCCAAGGGUGGAUGGCGCUCUGAGAAUGUUCCGUACCGGGGAGUCAGUGAGGAUAUUGCGUCGAGGAUGGAGAUUGAUGUUUAGACGAUGUCAAUCCCAUUCCGCUAGUCCUUGAAGACCUAGGACGCUAAUGACAGUCGUCGAGGUGGCCGUCAUGUUAUACACGCUAAUCUGCUACGUUUUUGCUCUUUUUUGUUUUUGACGACAGCCUCAUUGCGCGCGAGCCUACGGGAGCGUGAGAGGCUCCUGAUUUUCGAGAUACCAUGGUGUUGGUUCGCGCUCGCAUUUUCUUCUCUUGUUGGUGUCUUUUUCCCUUUUCUCUUUUCUUACCUUUGUUUUGCGUGUACAUGGUUCGUUUUCUUCAUUGAUCUGCCUUUCGUUGAUUUUCUUUCCUUCCACUUUUCUAGCAGCACCCGUGCUGUAUCACUGCUUCCACGCACAACAUCACAUGACAAUGGGUAUAAUCUGGCUGGCUAGCUUAUACAUCAACACGGGAAACGGUAGAAUGUUUCUCCCUCAAUGGGGUUUGGGUUAAGACAUGGGUGGGAGGCAUGGAUUGACUCAAAACAUCCGCCUAUGAAAGUUGGCCAGCAAUGCAUUGGAGAGAGUUCACGACGGCGUAUUCGUGUGCUCUUUGGGGAUAACUGUGGGAAUUUCGCAAUAACACGUCUUUUGCUUUUUUGUGGGGUUUGUUUUCCUUGUUCGAGUAUCUAUGGCUCCAAGGAAAUAGUCGUGGGGAUUGGAUCAUUUGUCCUGGGUUUUCAGAAGGUCGGUGAGAGAGACUACAAUUCUGGAUAACGCUCCGGGUGGAUAGCGGUAUGGUUACGUUUACGGCUACGUUGCUCUUUUGCUGCUAUACUUACUGACUUUGCGCGGAGUACUUUCCAACUACUCUAUUCUACUCUUACUACUGAGAGUAAUGCGGGUUUCCACGAACAAUGUCUUUUGUGACGAACGGAAAUGGUUCAACACAAACAAUCAAACAGUCUGUGUAAUGGCUACUGAUAUGGGGUUUUUGCGCCUUUCAGAUUGCUACAGACGGGAAGCAUCUACGAGAAUAGAUGAGGACAAGCCUGACAAAGGGCAACGAUGAUAACGACGCUUAGUGUGGCAUGGCAUGGCAUGGCAGGGCAAUACGACGGAAUGACUACUCUACUGAAUUACGUAGUUUUAAUAGCUUUUGAUUUGCAAAUUGAGUUGCUGUAACAGAAAGUAUUCUCAGCACCUCGCAACGGAAACACAAAGCAUGAAUAAGUAGCUCC